CAGUCAUCCGAAUGGUCCAGAACCUCAGCGCUCCCUGCUUCCUCUUUCCGUUCUGCCAUCGUCCGACUCGGCGUGGCGUGGCUCAGUGUCGGGCUACAACAUAGAAUUGUUCGUUCUUACCGCCUGGAACAGCUGAGAAAAUGGUGCAAAAGAAGGUGAAAGGAAAGAAGGGGAAGAAGAAGAUAGCAGCUGCUCCUCUUCCUAUGAGCAAGAAGCCUGAGCUGAAGAAGACUGUGAAUCCCUUGUUUGAAAAGAGACCUAAGAAUUUUGGGAUUGGUCAAGAUAUCCAGCCCAAGAGAGAUUUGACCCGCUUUGUGAAAUGGCCCAGGUACAUCAGGCUUCAGAGGCAGCGAACUGUCCUGACUAACCGUCUCAAGAUUCCCCCUCCCAUCAAUCAGUUUACCCAAGCUCUUGAUCGACAGACAGCUGUUUCACUCUUCAAGCUUUUGGACAAGUACAGGCCUGAAACAAAGCAGGCUCGAAAACAGAGGCUUCGGGAACAAGCUGAAGCACGUGCAAAGGGGGGUCAGGAAGAUAAGCCAACCAGAAGGCCUGUUGUGAGGCAGGGUUGCAACACUGUGACUUCCCUUGUUGAGCAGAAGAAGGCACAGUUGGUUGUGAUUGCACAUGAUGUGGAUCCUGUGGAGGUGAGCUUGGAUUUAGAGAAUUUGGUGCUCUUCCUACCUGCUCUGUGUCGCAAGAUGGGAGUCCCUUACUGCAUUGUGAAGGGGAAAGCUCGACUGGGACAAGUGGUCCAUCGCAAGACCUGCACUUCCCUUGCCUUUACACAGGUUAAUCCAGAAGAUCGAACUCUGCUGAACAAGGUCGUAGAAGCAGUGAAGACCAACUUCAACGAUCGGUUUGAUGAGAUUCGCCGACACUGGGGUGGUGGCCAGAUUGGCAACAAGUCUGCUGCCAAAAUUGCCAAGUUGGAGAAGGCAAAGGCCAAGGAAAUUGCCCAGAAAGUUGGUUAAAAUCCCCUUCUCACUCCAAGUGAUGUAUGAAUUAUUCUCAUUGAAGAGAAUGAAGAAUAAAAUAUCAUUACACUUGA